AUGGCUUCAUCAGGCUUUUCUCCUACAGCACCACCAGUCUUCAAUGGUGAAGGGUUUCACAUCUGGCUUGUCAAGAUGAGGACUUACCUGCAGGCCUUUGAUCUUUGGGAAGUUGUCAACACUGAUGCUAAGCCAGCUCCACUCAGAGCCAACCCCACAGUGGCUCAAAUUAGACAACAUGCAGAUGAGAUGACCAAAAGGCAUAAGGCUAUGUCUUGUAUUCAGAACUGUGUGUCUGAUCUUAAGGAGGAGUUUGAAGGCACAGAAAGGGCAAGGCAGCAGCAGUUGUUGAAUUUGAGGAGAGAUUUUGAAAAUUUGAAGAUGAAGGAGGAAGAGACAGUGAAGCAGUACUCAGAUAGAAUCAUAGUUGUUAUGAACAACAUAAGGUUGCUAGGAGAACAGUUCAGUGAGGCAAGGAUUAUGGAGAAGGAACAAAGGAGAGCCAGCAGGAUGGAAGAGCACCAGGUGGGUGCUUUCCAAGCCAAGGCCAAAGCAGCCUCGAGCACCUCAGCCUAUAAAGGUAAGAAGAACUGGAGAAGCAGGCCCAAGCCUAAUGCUGCAAGAAGGGGAAACCAACUCUUCAGAUUUUGUAAAAGGCCUGGUCAUCCAGAGGCCAAAUAUUGGUUUAGACCAGAUGCCUUGUGUCAACAUUGCAAGAAGAAGGGCCAUGUUGAAAGGGUCUACAAAGAAAAAGGCAGACCUGGACAAAAACAGGCACAACACAAGGAUAUUGAAGCUCGAGUAGCUGAAGACAACAGCGACCAUGAUGAGCAGGUCUUUGCUGUGCCAUGCUUGCCUGGUCAGAACAAGGGCCAAAAAGGUUGGUUGUUAGAUAGUGGUUGUACUAACCACAUGUCACCAGAUGCAUCCAUUUUCAAAACCUUGGAUAGAAGCUGCAAGACCAAGGUGAAAAUAGGCAAUGGACAGUUCAUUAAGGCUGAAGGAAAGGGAGAUGUGCUAAUGUGCACUUCUGCAGGAGAAAAGAUCAUCGCAAAUGUACUGUUGGUGCCUGAAAUUGACAGGAACCUUCUCAGCAUUGCUCAGCUACCUACUCAGUUGUGUUCAAGGGCCAGGAGUGCCAAACCACUGAUCCAAGUGGAUCAAGCCUCAUGA